AUUCCCAUGUCCAUGCCCGUGAGUCAGAGGAUCCCGGCUGGCAGACACUCGGUUUCGCUGUGUUGAGUCAUUUUGUUACUAGGCCCGGAGCAAAGUAGCAGUAACAUGCUCAUAGAUCCUGGUUUUCCUCACGGAUAGGAAUGACACCCGAGGGCAGCAGGGAAAGGGUAACCAGCCAAAGAAGUUAUGAAUAUCAUCUGUGGUCUAAAGCUGCCGGGCAGAAACUGUGUUUUCUCUCAUUUGGCGUCUUUGAGCAAGCAGGGGAAGUGCAAUAACCUCUCUAGGUCUUACACAGGAUGGUGCCGAACUCACAUCAACAGAUUUAGAUGCCAAAGGCUGGAUUUGAGUGGAAAUACUAGAAACUGUUUUUUGACUGGAAACCCUGUCUGCCACAGAAACUUCAUCAGUAAAGGACUGAAGUGUGUUUUGAAUGUGCCAAAUACAGGAGUAUACAGGAAUGCACAGCACAGUUCGGGAAGGUUUUGCGUUCAGUCCUCUCGGCCACAGGGGGAGAAGACCACAUCCCUCCAGAUCUGUUCCAUAGGGGAACUCCCACAUCACUGUUCUGCUUGGAACGUUCACAUCAUCAGGUCUCUUCGCACAUCACCAGCAUUUCAGGCUGCGCCAGUUCCUCUUUUCUGGAUCAUUGUUAAGCCAGCUCAGAAAUUACUUGCCAUCAUUCUUGGCAGGAGCAUAAGAAAUUGGUGGAAGGCACUUCCUCCUAAUAAACGGGAACUGUUUAAAGAAAGUGCAAGAAAAAAUAAAUGGAAGAUCCUCCUGGGUGUCAGUAGCUUAGGAGUUGUAUUUAUCAUGUUUUAUUUUACUCACUUGGAGGAGACACCCAUCACUGGGCGUGCUCGACUGCUGGUGUUUGGGAAGGAGCAUUUUAGGGAACUGUCACAGAUGGAAUAUGAAAUGUGGAUGGAGGAGUUCAAAAAUCAAAUGUUGCCUGAGACAGAUGCAAGAUACCAGGUUGUGGAGAGAGUUGUUGGGCAUUUGUCUGAAAGCAAUAAGGACAUCCCAGAGGUCUCAGCACUCAAGUGGGUGAUUCACGUGGUGGAUGAACCAGGUGUAAAUGCUUUUGUGCUUCCAAAUGGGCAAGUGUUUGUUUUCACUGGAUUGCUCGAUGCAGUUUCUGAUAUUCAUCAGCUGUCAUUUAUUUUGGGACAUGAAAUAGCUCAUGCUGUGCUGGAACAUGCAGCAGAGAAAGCCAGCCUGGUGCACAUCCUGGAUUUUCUCUCCCUCAUCUUUCUCACCAUGAUUUGGGCCAUCUGUCCUCGGGAUAGUUUGGCAGUUGUUGGCCAGUGGAUUCAGAGCAAGUUGCAGGAGUUCAUGUUUGACAGACCCUACAGCAGAACACUGGAGGCUGAGGCUGAUAAAGUGGGACUUCAGUUUGCAGCAAAGGCCUGUGUGGAUGUCAGAGCGAGCAGCGUGUUCUGGCAGCAGAUGGAACUGGCAGAAACCAUCCAAGGGCAGCCCAAGAUCCCAGAGUGGCUUUCCACACACCCUUCCCAUGAGAACAGAGCAGAGCAUUUGGACCGCCUGAUCCCACAGGCUCUUAAAAUAAGAGAGAGCUGCAAUUGCCCAUCUCUUUCUGGACCAGAUCCUCGCCUUAUUUUCAAACUUAACAUGCAACAUCUCCUGGAAUCGUCUAAAGAUCGAGAAGCCCCAAAUUCUACAAAGCAAGAUCCCUCAAAGCCAAAACCAGACUUUGCUCACACUCAAAAAGUGGAAGAUAUGCCUGUAACUUUUGCAGUUAAACCUACAAACUAAUGACAAUGAUUUUCCCUUUUUAUGGAACUGGUGGUCCCUGAAGGUCUGUCUUAUAACAUAAAUUUGUCUUUGAACCAUAAAGGAGAUGUAGCCACUCAGAUUCUCCAUCCUUUUUAUGUGAUUCCCUCACUCAAAGCAAUAAGGAACCAUGCCCACACAAGAAGAGCAGUGUGUUGGAGCAGAAAGUUUCUUAUUCAUUAAGAGUUACUAAAAUAAAUCACUUCUCAGGGGAAAGAUAAUCUCAUACAAUCCAGUGACACAGUGUAAUUUUCAGCUUUAUCAGGCUCACCUUGAUCAGAGGACAGAUGAGCCAGAAGCGUCCCUAAAGCAGAGGGAAAAGUACAAUUUUCAUCACUUAAGUUGUCUGGUUUAUCUUGCCAUAAUUUGGGUUAGAUCUACUCAGCUUCAUUUGAGAAAUAAUGAAGAGAGCUCACUGCCUGCUCCACAUACAGGCUGUUUAAAAAUAUUAAGCUGAGAAGUGAUAAUAGCUGUGGGCUAGAUACACCCCCACUUAAUUAGGUGGAUUUACUGCUGGGAUUUUUCUUCUUUCUGAGGCAUUUUAGAAUGUGGAUUGAUUCAACAUUUUUCUUCAAAGUAACCUGAAAGGAUUGCAUGAAGUUCAGUUUAAAAAAAAAAGGAGUUAAAUAAUUUUCAGGAGAGUCUUUCUUUUGAAAGAAGCACUGAAAGAACCACAGUUUGUAGCACUAGGAUGCUUUGCCAGGAUGGCUGUUGUCUUUUUUCAAAUGAUCAGGGUGCCUCAUCAAAGAGCAGUUUUGCUGCAACAACAUUUAAUUUGGAUAUAUCCAUUUGGAUAGAAACAAUUGCUGGUGUGGAAUAUAUUAUGUAGUAAGACAAAUAUAAGAUUUUUUGACUGCACAGCUUUUGCAGCUGUGUCUUGUAAAAGGUGACUUCUCUUCAGGAAGCUGGCAUCUAAUGCUGAGCAUCCCUCCCUCCCAUUCCCCCUGAAGCCCCACUUUUUAUGCCCUGGAGGCCAAUAUGCAGUGUAGGUAAAGCUCUGCCUUUCAGGAUGGACCACUGUGACCCAGUGUGGUCAUCUCUGUUUGAGUUGGUUGAUUUGUCCUUGCUUUGCAGUUGGUGAAAAUACUAAAAUGUCCGUCUUGCAGGAAGCUGUAGAAAGAGGUGACAGUGAAUGAAAAUAAAAAAGGGAAAUCCUGUUCCUCCAGUUCUUAA